AUGUUCAAUAAAAAUGCUGCGGUGGCGGCCGCAGACUGUGUUACUGUGCCGUAUGUUGAGCAGCUCUGUGGCCCGCGCACGCUGGCCCCCAGUGAGAUGAACCACAAGAAGCAGCUGCUCAAGAAAUUAAAGGCCACCUGCUGCAGAUAG